UUUUUUUGUUCUGUUGUAGUAAACCGGAAUAAUAAAAUUGUAAUUUUAUUUAGAAACUAUGUAAGAUUUUGGAUACGAAAACCAGCUGUGUACAAUGAAGCUUCGUUGGCAUCUAUUGGGUCUGGGCAUUCUACUCGGCCUCGGCACAGCUGGAUUUUCAUUUGCAGCUGGCAUAUACUAUCAACAUGAGCAUGCCACCCAGAGAUUACAACAAUUAAUACAACAAAAUCCCUAUGCCUACUACAUAAGAUCAAAAAUCUACAAAGUGUUUGCCUUCUUCAAAACUCCGGAUGAUGAGGAGAAUGCUAAUCAUCGCUUGGGUAGAAUUAUGAAAUACGGAUUUCCCGGACUAGAUGACAUACGACUCUAUAGUGACUUUGUCCUCUCCUACGAUCGACGCAAUCGUGUGGCUCAUUGGGUUUGCGAGCAUUUGCAAAAGAAAGAUCUAUCGACAACGACACAUGUGGGUCGAGCACAUGCCAGUUUCCAACCAGAUUUGAGUGUACCAUCGAAUUUUCGUUCAAGUCUGGCGGAUUAUCGACGAUCUGGAUUCAAUCGUGGUCACUUAGCAGCAGCUGGAAAUCAUCAUAGCCAUCAGACUCAUUGCAAUGAGACAUUCUAUCUGACCAAUAUAGCUCCACAGAUAGGCAAGGGUUUCAAUAGCGGUGCUUGGAAUAAUUUGGAAAUUUAUGUUCGAGAUCUAACAUUGCGAUAUGGAUCGGUUUAUGUCUGCACAGGACCAUUGUAUAAGCCCAAGCAGAGAUGUGAUGGCAAAUUGAGUGUGGAGUAUGAGAUGAUCGGACCUAAUUUAGUGGCUGUUCCCACACACUUUUUUAAAGUCAUUAUGGUCGAAUCAAAAGUGCCAUUAGGAAAACCCUAUAUGGAGGGUUAUGUACUUCCAAACGCUACAAUACCUGAUAAUUUGCCACUAAGAUCCUUUCUUUGUGAUAUACGAGAAAUUGAACACUAUGCAGGACUGAAAUUCUUCGAUGGUCUGAGAAGAAGCGCAAUCUUCGGUAGUAAUUAUCCAAGCGAAUCGCAAGUUUUUCGAGAUUUCGGUUGACAUUUCAGUAGGUCAGCCGUAUCGUUUCAGAAAAACAUAUUGACAAUUUGUAAAAAAAAAGUUUGAAAUAUUUUGUAUUAUGCAAAAGCGAAAAUCCCAAAUAGAAAGCUAAAUUAAAAGUUAAGUAUGUCAUUCAA